AUGUCGAGGACACCAACACCAGCUCCAGGUCCACCAACAGGAGUCCGCGCUCUCGUGGGAGUCAUCAUUGAAUGUGACCCAGCAGCCAAACAGAUAAUAAAAAAGAUCCACGACGAGAACCCUUUGAAUGAGAAAUUCAUUGUAUCGGAUUUGGACGAGACCCAUCUAUUUGUCAAGGGAGACAUGGGCUUGUUGCAAGACGUUCAGAGGAAACUAGAUCAAAUAUUAGAGCAGAAUACAUAUCGCAUCGCAGACAACAGUCGCUGA